AUGGCCGAAGAAGCAUCCGCCUUGGAUUUUGAAAUGUCCAUGAGGACCAUGCGCCUGGAAAAGGACUAUGAGAAGAGUCUUUCGGAUUCCGUUCGUCUUCUGGAUGGAGAGAGGGAUCGCGUACGACGCAUGGAGCUCUUGCUCUCGAAAAUCGAGAAUGAAGCUCUCCGAUCGCAACUGGAGGAAGCAAAUCGGCAUCUUUUGGGAUUCACGGGUGCUGAUUCAGAAGCAUGUGCUCAACUCCAGGAGGCUUGCCAGGAAAUCGAUCAUUUGGAGCUUCAAGCGCAGGCAUCCGCAAGUGAGAUAGACCGACUCAAAGAAGAGCUCUCAAUCCAGAAAAAUAGUUCGAUCAGUUACAGUACUAUCCUUGCAGAGAAACUCCAUCUCUCUAAAGAACUCGCAGCACUACGAUCGGAGCUUGAGCGGUUUAGAGCGCAAAACGCAUCAUAUCAAGCCAUCAACUCCGAGAAACAUGAGAUGGAACGGCAAAUGAACUCUCUGGAGCUUCAACUUGACAAUGAAAAACAUUCCCAUGAACGUACUCGGGCAAAGGGAUCACAACAAAUGGCAGAAAUUGCCAAGCUCUCUACUCGAGUCGAAGAGUUGCGGAAUGAGCUAGCAGGAGAAUUGCGAGCCAAACAGCAACAGGAACGGGAGAACCACGAUCAGAACUCGGCAUGGGCCAAUCAGCGGGCGACAUUUGAAGGAGAGAUUGAUUCGCUCAAACAGCAGUUGCGGUCAAGCAAGGACAGGCUCCAGGAAGCCCAUAUUGAAAUUCAGCAGCGACGCAGCCUCAAAUCACACGCAGGUCAUGACUCUGAAUCUAGUUCUCGAACAGUCCCGCUUCAGCGCCCUGGCCCGAGUGGCCAUGCCGGCGUGACGAUUGCAACCCCUGGGGCUGUUCGUGUACAAGAGAAAUUGAAGAGGGAUUCGGCUGUGCCUGGUGAUAAGUCGGCGUUUUCUAUCACACCAUUCUUAAACCGCACAGGCGCACCUUCGGAUUCGCCGAUAAGUUCAGUUGGAGACGAAGAUGAGCUUGGAGAUAUCGACACUCCUCAUGGAUUACUUGGCAAGCAGAGCACUUCUCGCGAACCAAAACGCAUCGGUUCUGCCCUUCGGCGCCAACUAUCUCCAACAGAAGACCGUAUUCCAACCACCAAAUCCACCAAGCCAAGGGCACUUGAGGGUGCCAUACCUGUCUCAUCACUGAAAAAUGAGGUCAAGAAAACAACCUAUCGCCUAGAUCGCAGUAUGCCAACCACUGAGACCGAUGAGUUAUAUGAGCAGAGUGAGCAUGAACAGGCCAAGCCGAAAAAACGCAAACUUGGUGGUCAGCGGGAUCGGAGUUUGUUCGAAGAGGAUGAAGAAGAGUCUCACCCCAGGAAAUUCGGACGAAAAUUUGCAGCAAUUGGUCAAGCAAGACAUGCAUCAUCCAAACGGUGGCAAGCCCGCCAGCAAAAGGACCAAUUCACCAGAGAGGCAGCUGUCCAAGGGCUGAAAAGCCGUGCUGCUUUCAAAUUGCUGCAGAUUGAUGAGAAAUAUCGAAUCUUCAAGGGUGGACAGACAGUUGUUGAUUUGGGUUAUGCUCCAGGGUCGUGGUCGCAGGUUGCUGCAAGCCGUACUCAACCGCAUGGCCGAGUCCUCGGUGUCGAUAUCAUCCCAGCCCAACCACCGAAAGGAGUGUCUACAAUCCAAGGCAAUUUCCUUGCACCCGAAAUCCAAACCUACAUCCGAGACUUUCUCCGCAGCCCAGACAGAGGCAGGCCGCGCCAAUCCAGCGCUCUAGACGAUUCCAGCAUCAGUCCAUUAGAACCGAAUUCAGAUAGUGAACGCACGAACGAGGCCGAGAAGACGGAGAUGAAGGGUGAUAAAAUACUUGAAAGAACGGUAGAUGUGGUUCUUAGCGAUAUGUCUGCUCCCUGGUACCAGACCUCCGGUUUCUGGAAACGAAGUCUAAGUGCUCCUUAUAAUAGGAUGAUGAACACCAGCGGUGUCAGCUUCAGAGAUCAUGCUGGAAGUAUGGAUCUCUGCCACGCGGCUUUGCGCUUUAGUUCGGAUGUUUUGAAGACAGGCGGUCAUUUUGUCUGCAAAUUCUACCAAGGUGCCGAAGACAAAGAACUAGAGCAGCAGCUGAAAGAAUUAUUCAAAAAGGUUCAUCGCCUGAAACCUGAAUCAUCUCGCAGUGUAUGA